AUGGCUGCAUUUUUCAUGUUGAAUGCCAUUUUCUUUUGUGGUUUAAUCUUCUUUGUAGUUGCGGAUCAAUCCGGUUUAGAAACUUACAUUGUGCAUGUAAGGAAGCCAGAAGUUGUGGCUCAGACAAAUGAACAUCUUGAAGAAUGGUACAACUCAUUCUUGCCAACAACUAGUAUCGAAAGUUCGUCCGGAGAAAAAUCGGGACUUGUUUAUUCGUAUCGAAAUGUUGUAAGUGGAUUUGCAGCUCGACUUACUAAAGACGAGCUGAAGGCAAUGCAAGAGAAAGACGGAUUUAUAUUUGCACAACCGGAUCGAGUUUCUAAAUUACAUACAACUCAUACGCCUAAUUUCUUAGGUCUGCAUCAAAAUUUCGGGUUUUGGAAGGAGUCGAAUUUUGGUAAAGGAGUCAUUAUUGGAGUGCUGGACACCGGUAUAUUUCCAACUCAUCCUUCGUUUGACGAUCAAGGAAUGCCUCCUCCACCGGCUAAAUGGAAAGGACAGUGUGACUUUAAUGUCUCUGAAUGUAACAACAAGUUGAUAGGUGCAAAGUCGUUUAAUAAAGGAGCUAACGCAAUUUCACCACUCGAUGAUGAAGGCCAUGGAACACAUACAACCAGCACUGCUGCAGGAAACUUCGUAAAAAAUGUCAAUGUACUUGGAAACGCUCAAGGAACGGCAGUCGGGAUGGCGCCUUAUGCUCAUCUAGCAAUGUAUAAAGUAUGUUUUGGAGAUGAUUGUUUGGAUUCUGAUAUAUUAGCUGCACUUGAUGCUGCUGUUGAGGAUGGAGUUGAUGUUCUUUCGCUGUCCCUCGGAGCACCAUCAGUACCCUUUUAUAUGGACAGCAUUGCAAUAGGAUCUUUCGGUGCCAUUCAAAAGGGUAUCUUUGUCAGUUGCUCCGCAGGGAAUUCGGGUCCAUUGAAUGCUACUCUCUCUAACGAAGCUCCAUGGAUUCUAACCGUAGGUGCAAGUACAAUUGACAGAAAAAUAAAAGCUACUGCGAAGCUUGGAAAUGGGAUUGAAUAUAAUGGAGAGUCUUUAUUUCAACCUAGUGGUUUUUCUUCUGUACUUUUCCCUCUUAUAUAUGCAGGUGCAGAUGGAGAGCCAAAUUCAAAAUUCUGUGGUGAGGGAGCAUUUAAUAAGACCAGUGUCAAAGGGAAAAUAGUAUUAUGCGAACGUGGCAAUGGAGUAGGACGAAUAGCUAAAGGUGAGGAAGUGAAAAAUGCCGGUGGCGCUGGUAUGAUCCUUAUGAACCAAGAAACUGACGGUUUUAGUACAUUGGCUGAUGCUCAUGUGCUUCCUGCAACGCAUUUGAGUUUUGCAAGUGGGUUGAAGAUUAAAGAUUAUAUAAACUCAUCCUCAUCCCCUGUUGCAACAAUUCUUUUUAAAGGGACGUUCAUCGGCCAUACAUCAGCUCCAGAAGUCACAUCCUUCUCAUCGAGAGGGCCUAGUCUAGCCAGCCCGGGAACUCUAAAGCCUGACAUUAUAGGCCCUGGCGUGAGCAUUCUUGCUGCAUGGCCUUUCUCUCUUGACAACAAUACUAAAUCUGAUUUAACAUAUAACAUUAUUUCCGGUACAUCCAUGUCCUGUCCUCAUCUUAGUGGUAUCGCAGCAUUGCUCAAAAGCUCGCACCCAGAAUGGUCACCAGCGGCAAUUAAAUCGGCUAUCAUGACAACUGCUGAUAUUUUGAACCUCAUGGGACAACCAAUUCGUGAUCAAAAUCUCUACUUAGCUAACCUUUUUGCUACAGGAUCAGGUCAUGUUAACCCAUCAAAAGCAAAUGACCCUGGAUUAAUAUACGACAUUCAACCAGAAGAUUACAUCCCAUACUUAUGUGGGUUAGGAUACUCAGACGACCAAGUUGGAAUUAUAGCUCAUCGAGUGAUCAAGUGUUCAGAGUAUACAACCAUCAGUGAAUACCAGCUAAACUAUCCAUCUUUCACUGUUCCAAUGAUAGGCACAACUAUGUUUACUAGGACAGUAACUAAUGUUGGCGAGGCUAAUUCAACUUAUGGAGUCGAGAUCGUUGAACCGGAUGGUGUUAGUGUGAGCGUUAAACCUAACAUGUUAUACUUCACAGAGGUGAACCAAAAGUUAUCAUACUCAGUGAUGUUUAGCCGGAACCGGUUUGCAAAUGGUGUCUCCAUUAGUGAAGGAUUCAUUCAAUGGGUAUCGACUAAACACCUGGUUAGGAGUCCAAUAUCAGCAGUGUUUGUAUGA